AUGAAGGAUAUUGAGAUAUUAGAUCCGAACAAUACGACCAAGAAUCGAGAGAUCCUUCAUCGGCUGAUUAUCAGUCAAUUGUUCUAUGAUGGAUUUGCUGCUAUUGCCGCAGAACUAGCCAACAGUCUUCGUACAGAUCCACCAUGUCCACCGAGUAAUCGUUUAUAUCAAAUAAUGAUCAAUGGACUACAGAAUGAAAAGAAAGACAUUGAUAUUGAUGAAAAUCCAGGCAUAGAUCUUGAAUUUCAAGCUGAAGGAACUGCCAAUUCUCCCGAGCCAGCUACUUAUGAAACAGCAUAUGUAACAAGUCACAAACAAGCUUGUAGAUCUGGAUCAUUCAGUUUUGAUGGACAAUUAGUUGCUACUGGAUCUGUCGAUGCCUCAAUUAAAAUCUUGGAUGUUGAUAGAAUGUUGGCGAAAUCAGCACCAGACGAAAAUAGUGAGCAGCUUGGACGAGAACAGCAAGGACAUCCAGUAAUAAGAACAUUGUAUGAUCACACAGAGGAAGUAGCUUAUCUCGAGUUUCAUCCAUCGUUACAUAUUCUAGCAAGUGGAUCUCGAGAUUGUACUGUCAAGUUUUUUGAUAUUAGUAAGCCAAGUGUAAAGAAAGCUCACCGAACAUUUAGUGACUGUGAAGGAGUUAGAUGCUUAUCAUUUCAUCCAUCUGGUGACUUUAUUGCCGUUGGAACUGAUCAUCAUUUGUUAAGAGUCUAUGAUGUUAAUACAGGACAAUGUUUUGUUAGCGCAAUUCCUGCACAGCAUCAUAAAGGAGCAAUAAAUUGUGUAAAAUAUGCUGCGACUGGUAAAUUGUAUGCAACAGGCAGCACUGAUGGAUCGAUUAAGGUUUGGGAUGGAAUUAGUGGACGAUGUAUUAACACAUUUGCUGAUGCUCAUAAUGGACAAGACAUUUAUUCAAUAUCAUUCUCAAGAAAUGGCAAAUAUUUGCUAAGUUCCGGAAAAGAUUCUCUUGUAAAACUCUGGGAAUUAAGUACAAGUCGUGCAUUAAUAGCUUAUACAGGAGCUGGAUCUACAGGCAAACAAGAACAUAGCACACAAGCAGUUUUUAAUCAUACAGAAGAUUAUGUCCUCUUUCCAGACGAAGCUACAACAUCACUUUGUGCAUGGAAUUCUCGAAAUGCAAGUCGAUGUCAUUUAAUGAGUUUAGGACAUAAUGGUCCAGUUAGAUACCUAAUUCAUUCACCCGUUGCACCAGCAUUCUUGACAUGUUCCGAUGACUUUAGAGCACGUUUUUGGGUUAGAAGAACUGCAAAUAAUAAUUAUUAA